GUCUGAGAAAAUUAUCAGUCACUACUCACCUUUGGACCAGACAAGGCGUUUGGAUAACAGGCGGGCUUACUUCGAACCCUCAUCUUAUUCUAGGUUCUUAUCAGUUUUUAUUUUACAAUCUUUUUUACAGCAUUCCUUAUCUUUAUUUAUUAUUUAACAGCUCAAUUUCUGAAAGUAAUGAGUGCCAUCAAUGGUCAAAGUACACGAUACUUGGGGCAAAUAUUAUUUUUAUGGUUGUCGGUUGCAUUGUUUUGGUAACAGGCAUUUGGCUAAGGACGGACAGUCAUUUUCGUGGUUUUCUAAGUGAGCGUUAUCGUCAGGCCGUUCAUGAGGCUUUUUGGGAGGCGCCGACUCUUUAUGCUUUUUCUUAUAUUUUGAUUGUGCUGGGAUGCGCUCUUAUUCUUUCAACAAUUUUUGGAUGUUAUGGAGUUGCUAUUAACUCUAAACUUUUGAUUGGAAUCUAUGGAGCAAGCACAUUUGCUUUGCUUAUUUUUACUUUAAGUUGUGGUGCUUAUAUUUUCUACACUAAAGAUUCGAUUGACGUUGAAUUAGCAGAUGCUCUUAAUUAUAUGGUUCAACACUACUAUCAGGGCCCAGGAAUUGUACAAGAGAGCUUGGAUCGACUCCAACAGGCAUUUCGCUGUUGUGGAAAUGCCGGCUGUUCCGAUUUUCGAAUAUUUCGUCAGGAUCCUCCAAGGACGUGUGACCUACGAUGUGAUGGAUGCCAUUAUCGUAUUUGGAUUGCAUUACGAAUUGGUUUCUCUGUAUCGUUGACGGUCUUUUCCAUUGUUGUAUUUGCCCAGCUAGUAGCUAUUGCUCUUUCAUUAACAAUGAUUUUUGAUGUCCACCAAUCAAACAAUCGUUCGGUGUUUAAUGCCAUGCGUCGUAAGGAAUUUGCGAAGGCGAGUGCUCGCAAACAAAUGGAAUAUCAACCUAAUUUCAGCAAAUUUGACAAAAGGAAGCAUCCUUACUAUUUUUAA